UUUAAUAUGACGACAGUUAGUAAGCAAGAAGUGUUAGUAUUUGGGGAGAUUCGACAUGCAAAAAAUCUUUUAGAAGAAAUGAAAGGAAGAUACGAGUUUAAGGAAUUUAAUUCUACGAAAAAUGACUUUCUGUUGGAAGGAAAUACGAAAUAUGAGAAUGUAGCUGCAAUAUUAUUGGCUCACGGAGCAGAUCAGAUCAUAGAUAAAUUUGAUACGGAAACGUUGGAUGCUCUUUCACCAGCUGUCAAUGCGAUAUUGGUAAUUGGAGAUGCAUCAAAAUUAGUUGAUAUUAAUGCGGCCACAGGUAAUGGUGUUUUUGUUGCUGAUACAUCAACUAAAACUCCGUCAACCGAAGAUGAAAUAGAAGCUGAUAUACUUGAAAAUCUUGACUUUACAUUAAUCACGGGAGUACCAAAGAAUCCGGUUAAUGAAAUUGAUAAAGUAAAAGAAGCAGCAGCUGAUAAAGCAACAAAUAUUGUAACUUCAGCUGGUGAAAUUGACGAGUUAGAUUAUUCUGAUCUUCAAAUACAACUUUAAAAUAAUAAUUAUUUUAUUUUAUAAUCUUAUUAUUAUAAUACAAUUAUAC